AGUGCAACAAGCCACCAAAAUGCUGUCUGUGCUCGGAAGCCAAAUACACUGAGCUGGAUCACAUCCCAAGCUCCAUAAGAUGCUUAGUAUAUAGAAACUGGUGCCAGAAAUGAAUGUCCUGCAAGCUAACAUGCACAGAAGUAAAACGGCUGACGCGCUACUGACACAGAUGAUCACUGAGCGGCAUUAUGACCUUGUAAUCAUAAGCGAACAGUAUAAGAAAAAAGAAAACGGGAUCUGGAUAGAAGACAGCAGUGGUACCGCUGCUAUAUGGGUACCUCCCGGAAGCAGCAUGCACAUCUCGGAAAAGGGAUAUGGACACGGCUACGUCUGGGCCAGACACAACCAUAUAAAAAUAAUAAGCUGCUACCUGACACCAAGCGACAGCAUACAAGACUUCCAAGAUAAACUCGACGACAUCGAAGAUACGGCCAUGAACUUGGAAGGACCCUUUCUGAUGGCAGGAGACCUAAACUCAAGAGCCACGGAGUGGGGAAUGCCAAACACGGACUCCAGAGGCAAACGCGUGCUAGAAAUGUCAGCCCGACUCGGACUUAUAGUGCUCAAUACUGGCGCAGCAACAACCUUCCGAAGACCAGGAUGCGAGGAAACCACGCCAGACAUUACAUUAGCAUCAGAAGGCAUAGCAGGCACCAUAAAGGAAUGGAAAGUAUUGGAAGACUACACUGGUAGCGAUCACCAAUAUAUCUCCUUUAUAAUAGACUCCACAAACGAUGGUUUACGAACGAAGAUGCAAUGUAGCACUCGCAAAUGGAAUGUCUCGAAAUUAAAUAGGAAAGCACUACUAUCUGAACUAGAUGCGCAUGGCUCAGAAGAUUCAUCUUACAAGAACGCAAUGGAAACAGUAGAGAUUACAAUGAAAAUGAUCUCCAGCGCCUGUAACAAAGCGAUGCCAAAAACCGGAAGCAAUCGCCACAAAAGACCUGCAUAUUGGUGGACGGAAAACAUAGCUCAACUCAGACGAACAACGCCCUCAUGUGCUUCUAAACAUGUACAAUGCCUGCCUCAAGAACGGAAUAUUCCCAGAAAUUUGGAAAAGGCAGCAGCUCGUCUUAAUCAGCAAAGGAAAGGGAAACCUUGACUCACCAUCAGCGUAUCGACCAC